CCUUCCUCCUCUUUCUCUCCUGCUUCUGCACCUCCACUUCCACAUUCUUCCAUAGCAGGAGAAAACAAGAAAACCCCACAAACCCUAAAGCCCCCUUCUAGAGGAAGAGAAAGGAAGACAUGCCUUCUUUAUCUCUUACUAGCAACAACAGCCCUGUGGAUCCCAAGAAAGAAAAGAAGAUGAAGAAGAAAAUAGUUCUUGAGACCCAAGAAACUGAUCCUUUGAUGGUUUCUAGCAAGAAAGAGAAGAAGAAAGAGAAGAGAAAAGCUGUAGAAUUUGAUGAUGAUGAUGAGGAGAGGAGUGAAACCAGCUCAGAGCUUGGUGAGCCUGUGAAUUUGAAGAAGAAAAGCAAGAAAGCUAAGGUUGUUGAAGAGGAGGAAGAUGAAGAGGAGGUUAAAGCUGAGGAUCCUAAUGCAGUUACCAGGUUUAGGAUAUCUGAACCGUUGAGGGAAGCGUUGAAGAAGAGAGGGAUUGAGGCUUUGUUUCCUAUUCAAGCUAGGACUUUUGAGGAUAUUCUUAAUGGGUGUGAUUUGGUUGGCCGAGCAAGGACCGGGCAGGGUAAAACAUUGGCUUUUGUUUUGCCAAUUUUGGAGUCACUAGUAAACGGGCCUGCAAAAGCAUCAAGGAAGACAGGCUAUGGAAGGCCACCAAGUGUUUUGGUACUUUUACCUACCAGGGAACUGGCCACUCAGGUGUUUGAAGAUUUCAAAGUUUAUGGUGGAGCAGUGGGCUUGAAUUCUUGCUGUGUAUAUGGAGGAGCUUCAUACCAGCCUCAAGAAUUUGCCUUGAAGAGAGGGGUGGAUAUAGUUGUGGGAACACCUGGCCGCAUAAAGGAUCACAUAGAGAAGGGCAACAUUGACUUAAGCUUAUUAAAGUUUCGGGUCCUUGAUGAGUCUGAUGAAAUGCUGAGGAUGGGUUUUGUUGAAGAUGUUGAACUUAUUCUAGGAAAGGUAGAGGAUGUAAGAAAAGUUCAAACACUUCUAUUCAGUGCCACCUUGCCAGAUUGGGUGAAAAAUAUUUCUUCUAGGUUUCUCAAGCCAACUAAGAAAACUAUUGAUCUUGUUGGUAAUGAGAAAAUGAAAGCCAGCACCAAUGUAAGGCAUAUUGUACUUCCCUGUUCUACUGCUGCCAUGCCUCAGGUUAUUCCUGAUGUCAUAAGUUGUUAUGGCAGCGGAGGCCGUACAAUUAUUUUCACAGAGAAAAGGGAAUCCGCAAAUGAACUUGCUGGAUUAUUGCCUGGAGCACGGGCUUUACAUGGGGAAAUACAGCAGUCUAAACGUGAGGUGACCCUUUCUGGGUUCAGGUCUGGCAAAUUCCUGACCUUGGUGGCUACAAAUGUGGCUGCAAGAGGAUUGGAUAUCAAUGAUGUGCAGUUAAUCAUCCAGUGUGAACCUCCAAAUGAUGUAGAAGCUUAUAUACAUCGGUCUGGACGUACUGGACGAGCAGGCAAUAGUGGUGUUGCUGUGAUGCUCUAUGAUCCAAGAAGGUCAAAUAUAUCUAAGAUUCAAAGAGAAUCAGGUGUCAAAUUUGAGCAUAUAACUGCCCCCCGGGCUGAGGAUAUUGCCAAAGCAGCUGGCGUGGGAGCUGCAGAAACAAUAACUCAGGUUUCUGACAGUGUAAUUCCAGCAUUCAAAUCUGCAGCAGAGAAUCUGUUGAGUACCUCAGGUUUGUCAGCUGUAGAACUACUUGCAAAAGCACUUGCCAAGGCUACUGGUUAUACUGAGAUCAAGAGUAGGUCACUGCUAACUUCCAUGGACAACCAUGUAACUUUACUUCUUGAAUCUGGCAAACCCAUUUACACUCCAUCAUUUGCUUUUAGUGUCAUGAGGAGAAUCUUGCCUGAGGAUAAGGUUGAGUCAGUGACGGGCAUGAGCCUCACAGCUGAUGGAAAUGGUGCAGUUUUUGAUGUCAAGAAAGAAGACGUUGAUACUUUCCUAGCUGCUCAGGAAAAUGCUGCUGGUGUGAACAUAGAGGUGGUUAAAGCAUUGCCUUCUUUGCAAGAAAGAGACCGACCAAGGGGUAGAUUUGGUGGUGGUGGUGGUGGUGGUGGUCGUGGUAGAGGUGGUUUUGGUGAUAGGAGUGGUGGUAAUAGGUUCUCAGGGGGAAGAGGUGGCAGGGGUGGUGGGUUCUCAGAUAGAAGAAAUGGCUCUGGUGGCUUUCAAGGUCGCAACAAUGGGAACAAGUGGUGAGUUUUUUUCAAUUUGCCCCAGAAGUCCAUGGACACAGCAAUCCUUACAGUUGUUACAGGCUGAAGAGUUUCUAACAACGAAGAAACUUUGAAAACGCAACUGGCUUGCCUGGGGAAUUUAUAUAGAUUUUUCCUGCAAGUGUAUUAUCCUAGGCUUGAUAAAAAAAAAUUAUGCCAUAUUUAUUUCAUUUUGAGGGGAUUUUUGCUGUGUUCCCCGUGUUUGAAUUUCAAUGAAAAUCUAAGAUCAGGUGACAAGAUUUCUAAUAUUAUUUGAUUAUUGAACAGUCCAAAUCUAUUAAAUAACUUUUAUGAAUCGCAAAAUAUAUUUUAUUCUCUUA